AUGAUAUUCAACGAGGCAAAGGACGAUGCCAUGUGUUCCAUUCUCAGUGAACUUGGCUCCUCAUACGACCUCCAAACAAGCAAUAAUGGAAUUUGUAUGCAACAUUUAAGUAUGGGAAGAACGCACAAUGGCUGUGUGGAGCUUCAUACUCCCCCUCUCGAUACGCCCGGAUAUUCUAAUUAUCCUAAUUUCACGCAAAUUGGGUUUCAAGGCGCACAGGCAUCGAUAAGUGGCACGUUUGAGAUAGAAAGUACUCCUUUCAAUCCACACAUGAGCUCUCAUUCCGACAUUGCAAGCUCAAUGACUUCGAUCCCAUCUAUCUUGUCCCAAGAGAGCCUGACACAAGUAAAGAAUAAUAAUGAACAAGUCCAGGUUCGAGAUCCGUCUCGCAAGAGAAGUUUGACUGGGAAUCAAUAUGAAAAUAUACCUAAAAUUCGCAGGCAAGAGCAUCAUGUGGGAAGUGUGGGACUGGUUGAGAGAGAUGAACUCGGAGUAUUUAUAAAAGAAGAUAAAUUACACCCUAUACCAGAGUGGAGUGAGCUUAAGACUAAAGCAGGCAAAGAACGUAAGAGGCUUCCUCUGGCCUGCGUGACUUGUCGUCGAAGAAAAAUCCGAUGUUCCGGGGAGGAGCCGAGCUGUAAGCAAUGCCUUCGCUCAAAAAUACCGUGCAUUUACAAGGUUGCAACACGAAAGGUUGCUCCUCGAGCAGAACUUGUAGCUACGGCUGAAAAGCGUCCAAAACUUUCGAAAGAAGAAAUCAUCGACACAUUCCCCGGGGAAGUUCCAGAUGUUAAUGUCAAUUCACUAUUUAGACAAUAUAGAGCUUCGCCUCCAUGUAGUUUUAAUUUCAAAAAAUGUUUUUAUGACGAUGAAAACCAACAGGAGCUUGAGAUCUGGUCACGUUCUCCAUUUUUAGGGCAUGCUAAAAUCGAGGAAGAAUCGAGCCAAAUUUUAGUCGCUUUAGAAACGGAGGAAAUUUGGCUCAUGUCAGAGGGAGCAGAUAAAUUACCUAGUAAAGACAUUCAGGAACACUUAGCAGAAAUUUUCUUUGAAAAUAUUGAGGGCCAUGUGUAUAACUUACUUCACAAACCAACCUUCAUGAGUGACUUGAGACGUAAUGCCAUUGCACCAGUGUUGGUUCUAGCUGUCUGUGCUGUAUCCGCCCGCUUCUCAACGCAUCCACAAAUAAAUACCACCCCGAAUUUUCUUAGAGGUGAAGAGUGGGCAGCCACAUCCCGAUCAAUCGUGAUGCGCCGAUAUGAAUGGCCCAAUAUAACUAUCUUGAUUUGCCUCCUGAUCUUAAGUCUACAUGAAUUCGGAACUUGUCAAGGUGGAAGAAGCUGGUCAUUAAGCGGUAUGGCGAUUCGUAUGGCAUAUGCUUUACAGCUACAUCGAGGUAUUAAUCAUGAUCAAAAAAACUUAGAAGAUAUCAGUGAACCGGACUUUAUUGGUCCAGAGACUAGAAAGCGAAUUAUGUGGGCAUGUUUUCUUAUGGAUAGAUUCAACUCAUCUAGCAAAGACAAACCAGCAUUUAUCAGAGAAGACACCAUCAGUCUAGAUUUGCCUGUUAAGGAACAUAAUUUUCUGCUCAACAUACCCGGCAUAACUGAAGGUUUAUAUGAACAAAGAUUAAGCCCAAUACCUUCCAAAAAUUGCGGGCCGAUAGAUGCACGGUCUAACAUGGGAAUAUCUGCUUAUUUAAUUCGUGCUGCAGCCCUGUGGGGUCGCAUGAAUCAAUGCGUGAACCUUGCCAACGAUCCUCAGAGUAACAAUUCUUCAUCUGUUUCAGGUUAUUAUAAUAGGCUAGCUGAGCAGGUUGAUGAGUUUGCUUCUACGCUUCCCGAUAGACUCAAAUUUACACCAGAGAACUUUCGGGUUUUUGAGUCAAAACAUCUUGCAAAGCGAUUUUUAUCCCUUCACAUCUUUGCACAACAGAACAUAUUGUUCAUAAAUAGACUCAUUCUCUCUGAACAGAGAAGAUCCCACCAAACUACCGUUUCAGCAACUGUUGUCGACCCCACAAGCUGUAAAAUGUUUCGGGCCGCUGAUAAGAUAUCCGAACUUUUGAGAACUGAUGAAUCACACUUCCUCACCGCUCCAUUCAUUGGAUAUUGUGCUUUUCUUGCAGGUACUAUUCAUAUAGAUGGGAUUAUUUCAAGAGACUCCUCCAGAAAAAUCUCGUCCAGGUUAAAUUUGUCCACAAGCGUAAAGCAUUUGGUUAAAAUAAAAAACUACUGGGGUGUUUUUGAUUGGAUGAAUGAAACACUCAAAAAAAAGUAUAGAGAUUGCGUAGACACUUAUGGAUCAAGUUACGGUCCAGAUCAAAAUUCAAUCGAUUUUAUUUACUAUGGCGACUGGUUUGAUCAGUAUCCCCACGGUAUCAUCAAUCCAGAAAAUGUAGAUCUGUCGAAUAUUAAAGCAACAUCUCAAUGCGGGAAGAGUUUUAAAAAAGGAUUGGACCUGGUUGAUCAGAAACAAGCUUCUGAUGGCCACAAGUCUGAUAUAAAUAUAGCUACCCUGGAAUCGAACAAGAAGAUCAAAAAGUCGCCUCCUGCACCUCUUGUCACAAACCUAAUUCCCGAAUUAUGCAUGCAAAUAAACCAAGAUAUAAAUAUUGUAUCUCCUACAUGUAACCAAAUAAGCCCUGUAACGCCCAUUAACAUAUAUCAUCAAGCACCGCCUUACAACCAAAGUUAUUUGUGCCCUCCAGAUCAACGAGUAUUAGUUCCUCAGCAAGAUGGCCAAUUUUAUAGCAACUUCGGAGGCAUAGAUGAAAGUCUUUGCUCGCAAAACUUGAUGGAACAUCCCACUUGGAGUAUGCAAAUGAACGGCCACGGAAUUGUCAGUUACUCUGUCUCCUCCACAGGUCACUGGGACUCAUAUACUGGAUCACCUGUGAACUUUGAACAACAAAACCUUAGCCCCACCUAUGGUAUACUGCCAAAUAUCAGUUAA